AUGGGAUCCACACCCUCGCAGCCGGCGAAGCAGGUGGCGAGCAGUGUCUUGCGCAAAGCCGGUGAGCCCCUAAAUACGUUGGGCUACCAAGUGGUGCAUGAGAAGCUUGUCUACCCAACCGGAACCAAGCCCACCCGCUUGACCGUGUGUCGCUGUUGGCAGUCGCUUCGCUUCCCUCUUUGUGACAAUACGCAUCAAAGGCUGCAGAAGUUGGGCGUAGAUGUUGGACCAGUGAUGGUCGAGAUCAAGCCAGGAGCCGCCAAUGUUUGCGCGGAGCAGGCUGAGCAGGCCUCUGCCUCUGCAAAGCCUUUCAUGUCCUCCCUCGGCGGCCCGAAAGCCGCGGUCUUUGGCGGAGUUGCCGGGGCUGCUUUUGCCGCCGGUGCCGCUGGCAUGAUGUGCCUGGAGAGGUCACAGGUCCUGAUCUUCCAGCUGCAUGGAAGUCUGCUUGAUCCCGUAGUCAACGGAGCCAAUGGCUUCAAAGGCUUUAGAGCGAGCAACGGCAUCUUGCCAGAUGGAAAAAGCUGGAGUGUGGCCCCGCUAGUGGCAUACAAGGAGGCCAUGAAACUGUGGCGCGUCAAGAAGCAGGAUUGCUUCCUCUGGGUUGCAGCCUUUCUUGGAACUCUGUUCCUCGGCGUGCUUCAGGGCAUUGCCUUGGCAGUCGGCCUUUCCCUGUCCAUUGUCAUCUACGAAUCGGUGAGGCCACAGAUCGCGAUUCUGUGGCGCCUGCCUGGAACCACCAUCUACCGGAACGUCAAGCAGGACCCGCAUGGAUCCUUCGUGCCGAACGUCUUCAUCGCCCGCAUCGGGAGCAGCAUAUAUUUCGCGAACGCCUACUUCAUCAAGGACUGGUUGCAGGAGCGUAUCUCCGCCCUGGAGCACAUCAACCGAACGGAGUACAUCGUUCUGGAAAUGACUGCCGUUGUCAGCGUGGACUCUACAGCGCUUAAUGUGUUGGAGGACGUUGUGAACGACUUCCGCGGACGAGGCAUUCAGAUUGCUUUUGCCAUGGUGGGCAACCGCUUGGACAGGACCUUCCGAAAAAGUGGAUUGACAAACUCGGUCGGCGAAAAAUGGUUCUUCCCCACAGUGCAUGACGCUGUCGUGGGCUGUCUCCGCCACCAGAAGGCCAAGAGGAAGCUGCUUGCAACAGUUCGUGGCAUGAAUUCCGUCGUGCCUGUCAGCAGCAACCUAGCGGUCCUUGGCCCUGGCGGAACGAUUACGGACUGCGGCUCGGAGGUUAGCGGCGCAGGGGCGACGGGUGGGGAGACAGACCUCCAGUCGGCCACAGACCUGGAGGUCGGCCUGCCUCUCUCCAAAAGUCAGGAGGACCUCUUGGAUAUCGAGGAGAACCCAGUCCACAUGGGAAAUGAAAUAGGCUUCAGCAAUGAUGUCCACCACUCGUGCACGGUGAUCUUCAUCAACAUGAAAGAGGACGUGCCGAUGAUCAUGUCAGACAUUACCGCAAUCUUCCAGCGGCGCGGCUUGACCAUCUGCCGGGCAAACAUCGAGGCGAUGGAUGAUGAGCGUGGGACCGGACCAGCGUGUCGGGCACGUGGAGCCUCGCAUGUCUAUCACAUUCGGAGCCUGCAGACCCACGGCAAGCUCCAGGACUCGGAGCUCCUGGGUCUCAAGAAAGACCUUCUGGAGCUGUGGCACUGCUUCGUGGACUCCCCCAGAUGA